AGCACUAUGGCUGCCACGCAGAUGAAGUGUCACUGCAGAAGAAGAAGGACACAAAUCUGAGCCCGGAGCCGCUGAGCAGCAGGACCCGAGCUGAGCGAACUCUCAAAACAUGGCGUUCACAUUCGCGGCCUUUUGUUACAUGUUGGCUCUGCUGCUCACAGCGGCUCUCAUCUUCUUCGCUAUCUGGCACAUAAUAGCAUUUGAUGAGCUGAAGACUGAUUACAAGAAUCCCAUAGAUCAGUGUAACACUUUAAAUCCGCUCGUCCUCCCAGAGUAUCUCAUCCACUUCUUCUUCUGCGUGAUGUUCUUCUGCGCUGCCGAGUGGCUCACCCUCUGUCUCAACCUGCCGCUGCUAGCUUACCAUGUGUGGAGGUAUAUGAGCAGACCUGUGAUGAGCUGUCCAGGUCUCUACGACCCCACGACCAUCAUGAACGCUGACAUCCUGGCGUUCUGUCAAAAAGAAGGCUGGUGCAAACUGGCGUUCUACCUCCUGUCCUUCUUCUACUACCUUUACGGGAUGAUUUAUGUUCUGGUGAGCUCUUAAAGUGAGCGCUGGAGGAGGAGCAUGUACAGAAAACGACCACGAUGAUGUGAGUGCUGGAACACGCCGGAGAAGACGCCAUUUCUAACAGAUGAACUCUCGACCCCCCACACACACACACACACACACACACACACACACACACACACACACAGAGCGUGUUAUCCUGUUUUAACCUCUCGGCCUCAGCGUUCCUCUCAUCGCUCUUGUCGACCUUUUUAUGGAAGACGAAUCUGAACGGGCAUCUUUGGUUUUUUUUCAUUCUUUGGGAUUUAAAUAAAGUUUUUUUCCAGCCUGAGUGUUGACAGGUUAGCUAAGACUUCU